AUGCGGAAUUGGGCAUUGUUGGUCCAACUCCCCAAGGCCUCCAUAAUGCGCAGUGAUGCCGAUGAAGAUAGUUGUGCUGCGAUCUGCAUUCAGGGUAAGAUUGAGUACUCUCUCUUUCUGAAGAUGAAUCCGACACUUUCAUCCGACGGCUGUGCCUCGGACUUGCAUACGGGCCUCGCAUAUAGCACUGGGCCGACCUGGGACUGGGCAGUCGUCAUCCCAAGUUCGACAAUUGUCAACUCUAGCACGAGUGCUUGA